AUGGUAGCUGAUACUAAAGAAGCACAGGAAAAGCUGAAAAGCCAUUUGGAAAAAUGUCGUGCAUUAGUGGAUAAAUCAAACAAAGAACUCUUUAAUAGUGCACAGACGAGUCAAUUAGCCAAUUAUAUGGCAAUUCUGAAACGAAAAAUCAAUGAUGUUACUGAACUGCAAAUCCGUAUGACAAUAGUUGCACCUAUGAAAGCAGGAAAAUCAACUAUCAUCAACGCUCUCAUUGGAAGAGAGUGUUUACCAUCGCGAAAUGAUGCUAUGACAGUGUUGCCGACGGAAGUAGUACUCAAACAAGCUAAGGAAGGUGUAAAUGAUACCCCACAUCUCAUACUUACUUCGGAAAAUCGUAAAGCUAUACAUUGUCUACAGCAGGAAACCAAAAUUGAGCUGAACUCAUACGCCCACAAGCAACCUGACGACAAAGAUUUUAGCAGACUAUUUCAUGGAAAUGUGAACUUAAUGACAUUAGCAAAAGAAAUAUGUGAGAAGGAUAACAAUUUGUUUUUUAGCUGGAAACAAGAAGACGAAAACGAUAUUCGAAAAACACUCACCUAUCUCAAUGAUCUAAUACGUAUUUACAUUCUCAUCAAGCCAGUGAAUGUGGAGGCAUCUGUUCCUCAACAAUUAGAACAGUUCGAAAGCACUAUGGAUACUACUGGAGUAUUACUGCCAGCUACAUUGGACCAACAACUCGAUGGUGAUGAUAUUUUGGCUAAAUUAAGUGACAGUAUUCCUAGACUAGAAGUUUUAUAUAAACCAUUACGUGCUGCUUCAUCUUCCAAUACAGCAGAUUCAUCAUUACCCUUGGUACAUUCGGAAUCAUGUCAGCUGCUAUUAGUUGAUACGCCUGGCCCGAAUGAAGCUAGCGCUUCGAAUGUGUUACAUCAUGUUGUGCAUCAUGAACUGGCAAAAGCUGAUAUAGUUCUUGUCACAUUUAAUUACACAACAUUAAACACAGAUACUGACAAUGAUAUUGCAAAAAAAAUUGACAAUAUUCAUAAGGUAAAGGGAAACAAUGAUGCCAUUUACGCGCUGGUGAAUAAAGUUGAUCAACGCCGAAGUGGUGACAUGACUGAGGAGGAAGUGAGAAGUCAUAUUGCCAUGCGGUACAAAAUUCCUGAAAACCGCAUUUUCGAGCUUAAGGCAAUUCAUGCUUUACGAGCACGUCGAUUUCUCGCUGACUUUGAAAAGGUGAGUGAUCAUAGCAACAUUUGCCAAAAAGAGAGUACUUUGGAUAUGCUACGAGAAGCUUUUCCAUCUCAAUGGAAGAAAAAAAAAGACAAAAUCACGGUGACAGAUCUUAUCGAAACUGCGAAAGAAUUGUACGAAGAAUCGGGUAUAGACGAAUUUCUCGGCAAAGGCAUCGAAACCGUGAGGAAGCAAGUUUUGCACCGUUGCUUCAGCUCUGCUAUUGAUACAUGUAUACAGGUGCCAAAAUUUCUAAGUGAUACAAUUUGGGUGCGUCAAAACGGCCUGAAGCUGGACACAGAAAAAGUGAAUCAAGAAAGAUUAUCGCUACAGAGCGAGAUAGCAAAGAUGUCAGAAUUAAAAACAACUUAUGAUGAAAGAAAGUCAGAGAUUUUAUCAAAUUUUCGUACACAGUUAGACAAGAUCCUCAAGAUACAUACAUCGCAAGCGAACAAUAAAGUUGAACUAUUAUUUGAUGAAAGAAAUACGAUAUGGAUGGAUCCAUCUAUGUGGCGAGAUAAGGUGCGCGAACAGCUGUUUGCGGGGGGACUAGUGGUUGGUUUUGUAAGCAGCGGAGCAGUGGCGGCUGCUAGUCUAAUGUUGGGACCAACAUGUGGCGCAGUUGCAGCAGUCGUAGGGGCCGCUACUUUCGGUAGUGUUCAAAUUGCCGGACGUUUUGCUCAAGACCAUGGUCACAUAGUGACUGAUCCCAGCGCCACCAUAGAACCAAAUGACAGUAAAUUCGUUCAAACAGCGAAAACCGUUUCUCACAAGAUGGCCCGAAUAUAUGCAGCUGUUUUUACUAACGAUGAAGCUCGAUUUGAGACAGAGGCACAAGCGAAGGAAUUCAUUGAUCGAGUACAGAAAGCGGCCAAUGAUAUUUCUCGGGAUUAUUAUGACACAAUAUCCAAAGAAAUUACAUAA